AUGCGUUUUUCACUAUUCACCACCACCACCUUGCUCACAGUGGCAACCACUGUAACGACGUCAACGGCACAAAAGUUACAUCAGCAACCCGCUUUUUGGAGCGCUCAAGCUGACUUGAUACGCAGCGCUGUGGAGGACCAUUAUUCAUCAAUGAUUGAUGAUGUUUUGAGCACCCAUGCUGAAGAUCUCUUACUCAAAUUAACGCAUGCUUCACGUUGCCAAAGACGCCGUCUUUUACAAUCUCAAGCCAAUGCCCUGUCAUCUGGCACUUUUUCUCAUGACGCAUGUGUUGCACGGCUACCAGAAUACAUUGGUCAUCAUAUCCAUGAACAAACACGCCAUGUUGCUCAAGCGGUUACGCCAGCGGUGGAAGAGUCCCUGAUAGCAUUAUGGCCUGAAUAUCACCUUGUGGGUGCCCUUCCCACUGCACAACAUCAAAUUUCUUCCGUUCUUUAUUCUGUGAAUCUUGCUGUGGGUGAUCAGCUGCAUCGAACACUCGACGCUUUCGAUAUCCUUGGUCGUGUGCGUAAUGACUUGGAAACCUGCCAGCAAUCAUCCACACCUGUUUUACAACAAAGAAAUAGCAGCAUCCUUAAACUUUGUUUUACAAACGUACGCUGCAUGCUCCGGCGCCUCCUUGCAGCAGGGUCAACAAGUGAUCAAGAUGAUGGCGAACAUCUCCUGGAUACGUAUUCGGAAGCUAUGAAGGCUGACCUCCGAUCCGAAUUAGAAGGACGUGUUGGCGAACUUGUCAUGACCGUCUUUGAUGAUUUAUACGCAGAAGAUGAUGAUGAAGAAUUUUAA